AGGAGGAGGGGGAGAGGGGGUGAGAGAGGAGGUGACUCUCCGGCAGCAUUUAGACACAACGAAAGGAUCAUGGCGGAUGGCCCCAGGUGUAAGCGCAGAAAGCAGGCGAACCCGAGGAGGACCAACGUGACCAACUACAACAAUGUGCUGGAGGCAGGCUCAGACUCAGACGAUGAGGACAAGCUGCACAUCGUGGAGGAGGAAGGCAGCCUCGCAGACGGGGCAGACUGCGACAGCACCCUGCCGGAUGAAGAGCACCCGAGCGUGCCGAGUUGGGACCCAGUGAAGGAGGACUGCGCUUCAGAUGGCGAGGAUGACGUGAGCACGGACGCCCUGGUGGAAGAGAUGCUCCAGCAAGGAGACACGGCCAUCAUCUACCCAGAGGCCCCAGACGAUGACCUCCAGCGCCAGGGCACCCCCGACGCCAGCGUCCAUGACGAGAACGGAACCCCUGAUUCGUUCUCCCAGCUGCUCACAUGCCCGUACUGCGCGCGGGGCUACAAGCGCUACAGCUCCCUGAAGGAGCACAUCAAGUACCGGCAUGAGAAGACAGAGGAGAGCUUCAGCUGCCCAGAGUGCAGCUACAGCUUCGCAUACCGCGCUCAGUUGGAGCGUCAUAUGAGCGUUCAUAAGGGAGGACGAGAUCAGAGGCACAUCACGCAGUCCGGAGGCAACCGGAAAUUCAAGUGCCCCGAAUGCGGCAAAGCAUUCAAGUACAAGCACCAUCUGAAGGAGCACCUCCGGAUUCACAGUGGAGAGAAACCCUAUGAGUGCUCCCACUGCAAGAAGCGCUUCUCCCACUCAGGCUCCUACAGUUCCCACAUCAGCAGUAAGAAGUGCAUCAGCGUCAUCUCAGUGAACAGCAGACAGCGCCUGGGGGGCAGCAGAAACCAGGCCCAGGGUUCACCACCGGGGCUGCCCACAUCCCCUUCAGUCCACUGCGGACAGAUCAGGGAGAAACUGGAGCACAGCAAGCCCCUCCAGGAGCAGCUGCCUCUCAACCAGAUCAAGACGGAGCCUGUGGAUUACGAGUACAAGCCGGCGGUAAUAACGCCUCCGGCCAUGGCCGCUAUGAAUGGCGGAGUUUUCAGCGGAGGUGCUGCUGCCCCUCUGCAGGGUACUGUACAGGCGGUGGUUCUGCCCACAGUGGGGUUGGUGUCCCCCAUCAGCAUCAACCUGGCAGACCUACAGAAUGCCCUCAAGGUGGCAGUGGACGGUAACGUUAUACGGCAGGUGCUGGAAAACAACGCCAAAGGCCAGGUGAACUCAGGCCUCACCACUCAAACCCUGCACCCCCCUCAGCAGCAGCUCAUCUCAGCCAUCAGUCUGCCAAUCGUAGGCCAGGAUGGGAAUGCGAAACUUAUUAUAAAUUACAGUCUGGACCCCAACCAGGGCCAGCUCACACCCCAUAACCUAAAGAAAGAGCCAGUGUCUCCGGCUCAGAGUGCCGUUGACUCUAUCAAGUCCCAGAAACUCCCCGAGGAUCUUUCAGUCAGAGGCAACAGGGACCAGGCUCAGCAAAAAGAGGAAAAGACCACUACAACCUGUCUACUGUGUGAGAACUGUCCAGGGGGCCUGGAAGCACUCCAUGCUCUCAAGCACUGCAAGAAAGAGGAUCUCAGAUUGAACGGAGCAGGUUUAGAUAAAUCUGAGGCAGUUGCUGCCUUGCUGUCAGAUGGAGGACUCUGCAACCACCCCAAGAACCUCCUGUCCCUUCUCAAGGCCUAUUUCGCCUUAAAUGCAGAGCCCUCCAAGGAUGAGCUGAUCAAGAUCUCUGACUCAGUCAGUCUGCCGAUCCAUGUGGUAAAGAAGUGGUUUAGCAAAAUGCAGCAGGGUCAGAUAUCCCUGGGCGCCCCAACACCCCCAUCAGAAGAGGAGGACUCCUAUGAAUCUCACAGUGUGGUAUCACUGGUCCCAGGGAAGGACACAGCCACUAUAAGCAGAUCUGUGAGUCAGGAUAGCCCCACAGAGGCUACGCCAGCAGAGGUCAACGGCACUCACAGCUCACCGGCCUCGCCCUCGCCACUUAAUCUUACAGCUGGCGGUCCCACCCAAGCCGACACCCCUGAGAGCACUGAGGGACCCCUGGACCUGUCGCUGCCAAAGCCAGCCAGAGAAGAAGCAGAGAGCAUGGUGCCUGCAGCCCGAGUUUACCCCUCUGCUUCCUCCCACCAGACCACUGAGGAGGAACCUCUGAACUUAACUUGCACAAAGAAGGACACGUCACCACUCUCAGCCAUGGGGGGAAGCCCCCUCGCACUGUACGCCAACCAGCCAAGUGCCAAACCCCUCGAUAUUGUAACCACAAUGCAAUGCCUCCGAGCACUGACCAACAGCAGCAGCAAACAGACUAUUCUGAUCCCCCAGCUGGCUUACACAUACACCACUACAGCUAACAGCCCUGCAGGGACAGAGACGCACGAAACCAUCCACCUCAAUGGAAUCAAGGAGGAGAGGCUGGAUCUGGGCUCAGAGGGAUUCUCGGCCGUGGACGAGCAGAACGACUCCGACUCGGGCCCAGCGAGGAAGAAGAUGAAGAAGACGGACAGCGGCAUGUACGCCUGCGACCUGUGUGACAAGAUCUUCCAAAAGAGCAGUUCGCUACUGAGACACAAAUACGAACACACAGGGAAGCGACCUCACGAGUGCAGCAUCUGCAGCAAGGCCUUCAAACACAAACACCACCUGAUCGAACACAUGCGCCUCCACUCGGGGGAGAAGCCGUACCAGUGCGACAAGUGCGGCAAGCGCUUCUCCCACUCGGGCUCCUACUCCCAGCACAUGAACCACCGCUACUCCUACUGCAAGAAGGAGACGCAGAGCCAGGCUGGAGGACGGGAGAGCCCCGCGGAGGAGGACGGCGAGGUCCCCACAGAGCAGCAGAGGCAGGACACGGCGCCCUCCCUACUGGACUCAGACGAGCGAGGGAGCAGCACCAGGGAGGACGAAGAGAGCGAGGAGGAGGAGGAGGGAGUGGUGGACAUGAAUGACAUCCAGGUGGUUCAGAUAGAGGAUGAGGAGGAAGAGGACAAAGAGGAGAGAAAGGAGGAGCAGAUGGAGACCGAGAGAGAGGACGGAACAUUAGAGAUGGAGGAGAAAGAGGAAGUCGACACAAGGCAGGAGGAGAUGCGGCGGAGCGUUCAGGAGGAGGAAAGCGACGCCAACAAAGAUGAGGUGACGGAUAAGGAGGGAGGUGCAGCCGAGGAGGAGGACGGGCAGGACGGGGAGGAUGGGGAGGUCCAGGAGGAGAGCAGAGGCGAAACGAACCAGAGCGGGGUUUCUCAGGACGAGGAGGAGACGCCGGAGGAGAAAGCAGACACAGACUGAAGCAGGAAGUAGGCUUCUCCGUGCGACACAAUCAGACUCCCUCCUCGCCCCGCGCCGAGGAUCAGCGUCCGCUCACUCUGACACAUCACUACUGUGUAGAAAUCCAGGUGUGCCUGAAAAAAUACUAGUGACUUUUCCCCACAGGAGAACGUCUCCCUCUGUUUGAAGAACCAUUAGUAAAACAGAAAGACGAAGAAGAAGAGGAAUUUUAACGAACAAAAGACAUGCAUUAUACAGACUUUGGAAGCUAGAGCCGACACGUUUUAGAUAAUGUUUUAUUACUAAAACACCUUGGGUCCUUUCUUUUUAUCAGUGUUACUAAUUUUAUCACUCAUAUUUUAACCUUUAAAAGCUGUACAGUUGGGAGAUAUUUCUAUAUCUUUUUAUUGCCAAUGAACAAAAAAAAGUCAGUAUUUUGUUAAGUUGGAAGAAAAAAAAAAAGACAAAUCCUGUGCACUACAAGUGGCUCAGUUUACCUACAGGCUGAGUUUUGUUGAACCCCUCAGUAUUAUUAUCGCGCCGCGCCAUCACACUGUUUAGCAUUACAGUUCAGAUUUCUGUUGUUGGGGUCGGACUGAGAGCCUUAAGGAGAGAAACGUCUGAGAGCUAACGCGUUUUAGAACCAGGCAGUAUUGAUGUUCUUUAUUUUUGUUAGUCAAGCUUGGCCGAAUCAUGAUCAAUUCCAUUUCUGAGUGAUAAAAAGUGAGCGUCACUAGAGAGGGUUCCUGAAAAGAUUCUAAACUCUUCCCAAACAAAACCCAAAGCCGUUGUUGGCUCAUUAGUAUAAAUGUAAAAGAAUGGAUGGAAGGAUGGAUGAAUGGAUGGAAGGAAGGAUGAAUGGAUGUGGAAAAUACUUGUAUCAACUUCCAGACUGCAUAGGAACCCUCAACUAAAUUCAUCACUAAAAACCACUAAUGAACUUUUUUGGUCUUCUUGUUAGUAGAAUCUGGACACUAAAACAGUUUGGCACAUUAGCUCCCAAAAACUGCAUUUUGUCUCUUUUUUUUUUUUUCUUUUCAAAUAGCCAACUAGUCGUUCACGAAAAGGAAACUGAAAAGCCAAAAUGUCUGCCUUUUUACUCACCACCUCUGAUCUCAUCCACAAACUUGGAGCCUUAUGCAAAAAUAAUUGUGAAUAGAUAAAUAAAUCAAAUGAGAGAGCAUGCUUAUAUCAGAAGUGCCAUUGAACGUUGCUGUUGAAGCUUCCAGCCAACGCCGGGUCCCAAUCAAACAAUAAACCGAAACACUGUUGCAGACAGAGGAGAGCUUAGCCUACAAAUUCAUGCGUUAGAUUUUAGACGAUUUCUUUUUCCUAAUCUGAGUGACUAAUAAUCAGCAAGCCUGUUGUUUUAACAAAGACGAUUGGUUUCUCAUCGUGACCGCCUCCUGCCUUCCCUGAACUCGUUCAGCGCACUUGUUUCACGCAUCAUGAAAUCCUCAGUCUCUUCAGGUGACAAAAUGAAGUUUAAUUUAACCACGUUUUUUUGUGUGUGUGUGUGUUUGAGUUUUUUUUACCUGUCAGUAUUAUUUUCGUCCCUCAUGUUGGUUUACGUUCUGUUUCAGUGUGCGUUCUGUACAUGUCCCACAGUGGCAGUAUUAUCCCAACCCCCCCGACAAGAUGGGUAUGUCUGUUAAGUUGUAGAGAACUUUUAUAUUUAUGUCGGAUUUUUUUUUUUUUUACGUUUCUUUACGCUUAUUUAUUACACAAUGUAGUGUACAAUACUGUAGUUUGUAUUAAUGCGAUAAUAUAUUUUAGUAUGGACAAAAGAAGAAAAGGCAAAUAACUGCAACUCUGGAAAACAAGACUCCGGCAUACUGAAGUAUGUUUUUUGAACAAAUGUUUUUUUUUUCUUCUUCUUCUGGGUGGAAAAAGAAAAAAUCUCUCACCAUGCAAGCCAGAAAAUUUGGAACCUGUGACCUCUCUGCAUCUACUCUCAUGUUAGUUUUCUUUCUCUUCUCCUGAUAUGAAGCUACUGAACUUUGAAAACUAAUUGUAUGUCUAAUAGCAUGAGUGUGUGCCGUCAUAUUGAACGAUGAUCCUUAACCACAUAGACUUUGCCAAGCCAAAAUAAUAUUGCCGUAUGUUCUUAUGUUUUUAUUUGUGCCAAUUUGUUCCUUUACAUCAGUGUCACAACCAUACCCAGUUUUAUAUGCCCCCCCCCCCUUUUAACAACCUCAUCUUUUUUAUAAUGAAUGUUUUUGUUUCUUUUAUUUCUUCUUUUUUUUAUGAUUCCCCAUGUCACAAUAAAAUGCAUCAAUUA